AAAACAAUAUGGCUGCUUGUAUUACGCACAACGGGAAGCAGACCGGGAUGCGUUCGUGAAACGUGAACACUAAAAAAAUUGUGAUUGAUUUUCAUUGUUGACAUGGUUAUUGUAUUAUUCCACGUGCUCUAUCUUCUCGGGAAGUAUGUAUACCAAAAUUACAAGGUAAACAAACGAAAAUCUAUGGACGAUGUCGUGACCGACGCAGAGGAAAUUUUCGAAUUUUCCGAAGCGGAUUACAUGAUGGUAGACCCAGAAGCGCCACAAGAUUUCGAGUCGAGACCAAUAAGAUUUUUUCCGCCAGCGUACGUGCAAAGAUACGUCGCGGUGAGCGACGUGUUAAAUAGUUCCAAGUACAAUGGAAAAUUGCGUAAGGUCGUUGAUUUCGGCUGCUCGGAACUCGGCUUUUUAGUUUAUUUAAAGAACACACCUGGUGUGGAGGAAAUUUUAUGUGUUGAUAUUGAUAGGCAGCUUUUGAAUGCCUAUCAGGAAAAGGCUGCACCUUUAAACUCGGAAUACAUUCACACAAGGUCAACACCAUUGGUCAUUGAAAUAUGCGAGGGCAGUGUGACACAUAACGACAAAAAACUAGAAAAUACAGAUGCUGUAAUUUGCAUAGAACUAAUCGAGCAUUUAUAUCCAGACACUUUAAGAGAUCUACCCGAAAAUAUUUUUGGGUUCAUUAAGCCAAAGGUAGCAAUAAUGACAACUCCGAAUGCAGAGUUUAAUGUGUUAUUUCCAAAUUUUUCUGGAUUCAGGCAUCCUGAUCACAAAUUUGAGUGGACCAGACAACAGUUUCAAGAUUGGGCAAAAAACAUUACUUCAAAGUAUCCAGACUAUGAGGUAACUUUCGAUGGCAUUUGUAAGGGUCCAGAAGGCAGCGAGCACUUGGGUGCUUGCACUCAGAUGGCAAUAUUUCACCGACAUAGCGAAUAUAGAGACGAUUAUAACCAAAGCGCCACGGAUUUGUUCAACAGUGUAGCGAUACAUGACUAUCCAGUGCACGUAGACAAUCGUUCGGAUGAACAAAAGAUCCUGGACGAGGCCAAAUACUACAUCGAACGGUUAUCGUACCAAGACCCCGAUAUGGAAGAAGAAGUACCAUUGAGAAGAUUAUUAGAAAUGUUGAAAUCGUUCAAUAUAUCAGAGGAUACGUUGCGAUCGAUUUUGGAAGAUGCUGGCUAUGCGUUCGAAAACCGCGAAUCUGGGCCAACUGUAGUGAUACCGCAGCUUACAUGGUCAGAUUAUAGCGGGAUGGGUCACUGGUCCAUUGAGCAGGAAGAUGGUUGGAACACUGAACCCGGUCCACCUGUGGACUCGAAUAGGUACUUGGAAGAGGAUUGGAACAAUCCGAAUUGGGAUGAAGAACCAAGCAUUGUUAUCCCACAGAAUAAUUCUGUGGUUCAGGACAAUACGUAUCUUUUCGAUGGAGAUAAUAUAGCAUUAGACAGCGGCUUGGACAUGAGAAAUUCCGCGGCAUCGGCGAUGUAUAGCGAGACUAGUAUAAGAGAGACUCUAGACUCGAGUGUUCGAUUUUCUAACAAUAUGGAUCGCAUGAGUGUGGACGAUAUGAACGAACCGAUCGAUCAGAAUGUUUGCCCAGAUUUAAACGUAUCGAUUAUGCUAUCAGAUUCUUCCACGAGCAUGAAAUUGAAAGAGGUGAAAGAAGAUUUGCCUUUCGUGGACAUUAGUUCUUCGAGUAUGCAAGAGAACACUAUGCAACAGCUGAACCACAUGUUGCACUUCCCAAUAUGUAUGAACACAUCGCGCGCAUCCACCUCACCCGAACCGUAUCUUCUGCAAACCGUUAAAAUGGACCAGCAUUUCAAGCACGAUAGUCUGUGCAAUGAGAGCAUGAACGAUUGGAUGCUGAAUAAUUCGUUCUGCCAGAGAGAUGCGUCUGAGUACAAUGACCCUGAUCACAAUAACUUACGUAGCUUACAUUUAAAUGCGUCGUAUGAAGAAAGCGAAUUUCCUAGUCCCGAAGAUGUAAAUAGUAGUAGAAAUACGAAUACAAGUGUUCAAGAUGUCUCGAGGGAUAAUCAGCAGCAGAUGAACAGCAUGCCAUUAGCCAGUUGUUCCUUAGCCGAUAAUCAACCGCAAUUUACAAGUUCGCCGAAAGUAGAGGCAAAGGUAAAUCCGACGAGCAAGAAGAAGAGAUCUUUGAACCUCUAUGAGCAUACGAACAGUUUACCUAGUACAAUAAAAAAACUUCAAUUGAUAGGGCUCGAAAGCAAUAAGUCGUUAGAGAUUAAUAGCAAAUCUCCGAGAAACAAUGAAGAUGAAAUGGCAUCGGAGCAGACUUUAUUGGCUGAUUGCAAUAAAAAGGAUACUUCCUGCGACACCGCGUUAACCGAGAGCAAUGUAUUAUCGACAACGUCCACGUUGAACGACGGUCAAACAACGGAAGUGCCACAAUCGUCUUGUGAUCAGAGAUUUCAAUUAGUCGAUCUAAAAUUAAUUAAACAAGAGUCCGAAGAUGUAAAUAGCACAAAAACUACUUGUCACAAUGCCAAAGACAUAAACUUGAAGCCCACCUCUCCGGUUUUGGAAGAAGCUACAGAGGCUGUACAAUUCACAUCAGUAUUAAAAGUCGAGAAACAAGGUGAGUCUACAGCAGAGGCUAAUAAAGAUUUGAAUAUAAACGCUUUAGAGAUUACUGAGACUGCGGAGGCAAAGCCAUUUUCACCAGAAACGCCGCCGAAUAGUUGGUCUCCGGAAGUAAUGGACUCUGGAUAUCCCAAUUCAACUUCCGCUCAGGAUAUGACCCCGGAAUACGAUUUGUCUAGUAUAGCGCAGGAUCACAUAUCUGAUUCUGAACCGCCUAGUAUAGCAGAGGCUCCUAGGCCAGAAGUCCUUGAGAUAGUUGAGGUUGUCGAAGUCGAGAAUGGCGAUCUAGCGAACAAUAAUAGGGAUGGAGAGGGCAAUAAUAUGAUGGCGGCUCAGUUAAACGAGUUGGUGGACUUGCAACCUUUGAUCGACGUUCUCGAAAAUGAUCGGGAGAACGAGAAUGAUAUUUAUGCGCUGGAGAAUGACUUACCCAUUGACGUUGAGAUGCAGAUCAGAGAACGCAGGGACAUUAGAUUCCCCGAUAGGGCAGGAGGAGACGACAGGUUCAGAAAUAUGGAACGCGACGAAGGUUUCGAUAGCAGUUCCACAGAUGGUAGCGACUUAGAGAACCACGAGAUGGGUGAGGAUGAUAAUAGUGACGAGAAUGUGGCCAUGGAUAGCGAAAAUGCCUCGCACAGUGAUAGCGGAAGUGAUAGAUGGCCAGCUGGUCGCACGUGAUAUUAUUGAAAUAAUGAUUGAUUACCUAGAUUUUUCCACAUAUCGCCACCAAUACGUUCUACGAGUCUGCGGAUAGAAGUAUGAAGGUAAUUACUUUCUAAACUAUGUUUAUUACGUUCUAUUUUAUAUUAUUGUCACUCCUGAAUCACAAGAGGUCUUAUUCUUUUUAAUGAUAAUAAUAAAUUAUUUCGGGGAAGUUAUAAAAGUCCUCGGUCAACGUUAAAAAGGAAUUCUAUCAAGGGGUGUUACCUGUACUAACUUAAUUUUCAAGUAGUCGUCUUUCAAUAUUAGAGAAUGAAGCAACUUUUGAAUGUUGUAUUAAGAAUGUAGUGUUGUUUUAAAGCGAUAUUAAAAAUAUCUCAUGCUUAAUCUGGACUGUGAGAAAUAUUGUUAGUCUCUGAAUUGAUUAAUGGCCUCUUGUAUGUGUUAAGUAUUACAAUUCUUAUUUUACUUUUAUUUAAUUAGGUAACACAAUCUGUUCUAAGUUAUAUUAAUUAUUUUAUGCAUUGGUCUUCUUUUUAAAAGGAGUAAAAAGGAACACCCAUUGCUAGAUCCUUACGUCUUAGAUUAAUAACGUUCAGCGAAUUUAUUGAUAUAAACUAUUACUUUUUUUACUUUAUUAUAUGUUUGCUAUGUACCUUUCUCGUUGCGGUUGUAUUUGUAACUGAUCUGUUGAUACGUUAGCGUCUUCAGUGGACGUAAGGCAGUGCUUCAGUACUAGUAAUAUCUGUACGCUGUUUUAUAUUAAUUAAGUAAGGUCUGUUUGUUACCACGUGAAGCCUUUACAAUGUGUCGAACUUUAAAAAGAGAUAUACAUAUAUUUUCGUACAAUCUUCAAAGACCUCCUGUUCCCAACGUUUACUUAAGUACUUAUAAGAUUUUUAAGACGCUGUUUCACCUGCGUAUAGUUUUACAAAAAUUUAUCGACAUGUUACGUUUCCCCUAUCCCUACACCACUCCCUUUUGCCCCUCUUUGUAAAACCUUUACGAUAAUUUGUGAACGAGGUUCGCGCCGUGCGUUAAGAUCUAUCUAAGACUGAAACUCUGCAUAUCGUUCCAUUUUCACGAUACCACAGAUUUUGGACAAAUAAACUACGAAAACAAAGAACAAUAAACGUAUCUUCUAAACAAA